AGUGACGUUGAGCGGCGGUGUGCGGGCACAAGUCUGCUGGGAGGGAUGGCACCGGAGCGGCUCUGUGUCCUGGAGAAGGGGCCCUCGGGCUACGGCUUCCACCUGCACAGCGAGAAGAACCGGCCCGGCCAGUAUGUCAAGCUGGUGGAGCCCGGCUCGGCCGCCGAGAAAGCGGGGCUCAGAGCCGGGGACAAGCUGAUCCGGGUGUGCGGGGAGGACGUCCGGGAACUGGGGCACCAGCAGGUGGUCAGCAAGAUCCGGGCGGCUACCGAGCAACUCACCCUGGAGGUGCAAGGACCCGAGGAAGAGGAGGAAGAAACUUCCCAGGUUGAAGAUAAAGCGCCGGCAGUAUCUUCCAAUGACCAGAAGGAAUACCGCCCCAGGCUUUGCACCAUGAAGAAAGGACCGGGUGGCUAUGGGUUUAACCUGCACAGUGACAAAAACCACCCAGGGCAGUACAUCCGGGCUGUGGAUCCUGAUUCACCCGCCGAGCAGGCUGGACUUUUGCCAAAGGAUCGCAUCAUUGAGGUGAACGGUGAAAGCAUGCUGGGCAAACAGCACGCAGAUGUGGUGGGUGCCAUCAAGACCGGGGGCGAGGAGACAACGCUGUUGGUGGUGGAUCCCGAGGCAGAUCUAUACUUCCAGGAAUGUCAUGUGACUCCGGGACGGCAACACCUGUCAGGUCCUCUGCCAGAUAAAGUGGUUAAUGGGAGCCUAGAAAAGGAGAACAAGUUGGAGCACCUGGAGAAUGAUAGUCCCCGGGACUCGCUUGUUUUUAAUACAGAGCCAUCACCUGUAGAAAACUCUCCUAUACAGGAGGCGCAGAAGGAAGUUCAGGAUUCCAUCCCAGCACCUGCCUCGAGCCCCAUUCCAAGCAUUGAAACGCUUGAUCUUAAUUUGACCCUGGCAGCAGCCAAGGAGCGAGCCCACCAGAAGCGAUCACAGAAAAAGGCACCCACCAUGGACUGGAACAAACGGAAAGAGGUCUUUAGCAGCCUGUGAGAAGACCAGGGGAAUGAUGUGGACCCCAUGGCUGUACCUUGAAAUGAUCCUGUGAUAUUCAACAGCCGUACCCUGCAAUCCCACCUUUCCUGUUCUUGUGUCACCAGCAAAUGUUCUACCAGUUCUGUGGGGUAAUUGCCAGCCAGUUGGUGCAGUUAUUUAUUCUUAGUCUGUGAAUCCGUCCAUUGCUAUCCAGGAUUUGAGGUACCGUUGGUGCCCAUCUGGGACCGUACAGCAAUAAUGCUCCAAGCCUUCUUGCAGGGAGCAGGUGUCUCUUUGAAAACCAAGGGAUGGAGCAAGAUGCUUUGCCUGUGUACAGCAUACACAAGAUGUUUCUAUUAGAAAGUUCCAUUUCUGAGACUUUUAAGGUCCUGUUGAAUUUCCAUUUGUUUGCAGAUUUUUGACAAUGUUUCUAAUGAAGAGGUUUUUCUAAUAUUUUGUGAAAAAAAAAAAAAUGUUUAACCAGAUAUUUUGCUAUAUAGCUUAAUACAGAUUUCUUUACUUUUAAA